AUGGCCAGGGACUACUCGGACCUGGUGCGGUCCCGGUCGGCGCCGCGGACCAGCUCCGGGGAGGCGCCGGAGGCGCACUGCGAGCUGUUCAAGCCGGCGGCUCCGGCCAACACCAAGCUGACCCUCAGACGGACCAAACACGGCUGGGCUGCCGCGUCCGGCGCCGCCUCCAAACGAGCGGCCAAACAUGGCGUACGCUCCAAACACGACCUGAUGAGGAAAUCGAUGGCAAUGAUGAAAACCCUGAGUGCCGCAUCGUUUGGCUCCAAACCGUCGGCAGUGUCAAAAACAUCAAAAUCAUCUACGGUAACAUCAGCGGUAUCCAAAGCCACAUCAGCUCCCUCAACAUCUUCAGCCUCGGCGCACGCACCUCCGGCAGCUGCCUCAGCACCGGCAGCCUCCGAGCGGCCCGAGCCGGCGGCUGCCGAGGACACGUCUGAAGACGUCGGUCCAGACGUGGAUGACACCGAGCUGACGGCGCGACUGAAGCGACUCUACUCGAGGAACCGGUCGGCCUCGUCGAGCGACGCCCGCUCCGCCCGGGCCGAUAGCGGCAGCUCCUCGGGCAGGACAGACGAAGCAGCCAAGGAGGACGAGGCAGCGCCACGGUUCACCGCCAGCGUCUCUGAGAACGGUGACGGUGACGGUAAACGUGCCGAAAAGGAUAACACCGCCUCUGAAGGUCCGCCAAGGAUUAGACUGAGCGUGAAAAAGGAGCUCUCGGCUAUGCUCAGCGCCCGGCCGAAGUCUGAGCUGAUGACUGUCGACGACGAGCCCCUGAGCCUGGUCUACCCGCCGCCGGUGAUCGCCGUGCCCAAGAUCCGUCUGGGCGGCCCGUCUCCGGGCUCGGGGGCGGCGGCACCGGCGCGGGGCGCACAGCAGGCGGCCAGCAGCUCGCCCAUGCUGGCCUCGCUGCUGGACAGCACGCCGGCGCCAGACCCGGCGCGGCCGGCAGUGUCGCUGCCCAGCAGCGAGAAGAGCUGCGAGCUGCUCAAACACCUGCUCUCCAACUCGCCCAAGGAGAGCCCCACACCGCCGCCGGUGUCGUCCGCGGCUGCGCCCGAGCCAACCAAGCCGACGUUCAAGCUCAAGUUCCACAACCGGGACCCGGUGACGUUCCGGGCGCGCUCCGAGAAGCCGGAGCCGUCCGAGCGCACCGGCUCGCCGCUAGACCCGCGCUGCAAGCUGACGCCGUCGCCGGUGCGGACUCCUCCGACCUCCACGGGCGCGCCGUCCGGCACCCUGUGGACCUUCCUCAACGACCCCAAGAUGGGCAUCCCGGAGCUGCUGCUGAUCCCGCUGCCGCGGCUGAAGGCGCUGCUCAGCCAGCCGCUCCAGGAGCUGGCCAACCUCUCCACCUUCACACUGGAGGCAGUCAAAUACGUGGGCUGGCACCCGGCCUUCCGACAGGUGGACAUCCUGCAGGUCAGCCGCGACCGGCUCUACAAGCUGCUCAAGGACCCGCGGACCGAGGUGAAGAGGCUGCUGACGGACCCGUCGGCGCGCCUGUUCCCCCUGGGCCGGCCAGGCGUCGGGGGUGGGGGCGGCUGGGGUCCGCGCGGCCCGCCGCCAGACGUGGCCCCGCUCGCCGCCGGCCGCACCCCAGUCUCGGCACCCUCGCCGUCCACCAACUCGCUGCUGCGUCAGAAGCUGAUGACGCGUGGCAGCGGGAUGCACGGAGACUUCAGCUCCCACUGUAUGAGCGGUCUGAGUGCGGCUGAGCAGCAGCUGCUCAGCCUGCUGAAGCAGCCGCUGAACAAAGCCACCUUCCUGACGGACGAGGUGACCAUCCGGCCCAUCUCACAGACGGCCGUCGCCGCCGCCGCGCCGCAGAAGCGCUCUCUGCCGGACCUGAUCCCGCGGCCCAGCAAGCGGCGCGCGCCGCCCGGUCUGCGGCCGCUGGCGCAGCCGGCCCCGCAGAUGCAGCCGCCGCUGCCGCCCUGUCCGGACGACAGCGACGCUGACGACGACGCGGCGAUGCUGGCCGCUGGCCUGGUGCAGGCCUGUCUGGGAGAGGAGACGGAGGACGGGACUGACGGGAGUGUGACGCCGGGCGGCGACGGGGAGGAGACUGGCCCCGACCGACCCCCGUCGGACGGCCCCUCAGCAGACCCGGGCGCGGCUCCGGCUGCCACCGGGACCUCGGAGGGAGAGCCGCGGUCAGCGCCCUCAGACGACCCAGUCACCAAUAGUGACUCUGUAGACGCCAGUGGUGGUGACGCUGGUGCCGGUGGUGAUCUUGGUGGCGGUGGUGAGGAUGGUGGUUGUGGUGACCCAGCUCUUGCUGAGGCUCCCAAACCGGCCUCCGAGACUCCUGAAUCUUCAGCUCCUACAGCAGUUACUCCAGCGCCUCCCAAACAGGCUGUCCAAGACGCCUCCGAAGCUCCUCCUGCAGCAGCGUCGCAGGAGUCCGCGCCCGCCGAGGACGCUGAGAGCGGUGACGAGGAGGACCGUCUGGUGAUCAUCGAGGAGGAGGGCGGGUCCUCCGAGGGGGCACAGGGCGGCCCCGAGGCGACGGCGAGGUCAUCCACGGCCGUGACGUCCCAGUCGACACGGCGCCGGCGCGGCAGUGAUACCAGGUGA